CAUUACAGCCCCAGGGACUGACGUUACAAUUAAUCAGGGCUCUUGUUUAAAAGCUAAAGCCACGGACACAAGAGGCUUCACACACAGAAGGGAAGGAACCAUAAAGAUCACCCAACGGGCACAUCCUUAUAAGAACCAAAAUCUUCCGACCCUCCGCUGAUCAAGAUGAGAGGGAGCUACGGAAUAUCUGUUUUGGUUCUACUAAGCCUGGGAUAUACCUUCGCCCUGCAGGACAGCAGAGAGCAAACCGACCCUUGGGAGAUAAUUCGCCUUCUACGGAUGCUGCCCGACGGGGAGGAGAACAUCGCAGGGUGGUACCCUUCAGCACCCAAACAGAAGAAGACUACAGACCCAGCGUCUCUGUUCAGUGUGGCCAAAGAAUUGCAGGGCUUUGGGAAGGAGAGGGCAGGCUUCAGAUUCCGGUUUGGGAGGCAAGAGGAAGGAGAUGAGCUUGAAGACUUUAAGAAGGAAGAAGAGGAGAAGCGAGGAGGAACCGCGUUGGGAUCACUGGCAGAGGAGCUUAAUGGAUACAACAGGAAAAAAGGAGGCUUCAGUUUCAGAUUCGGAAGAAGAUAA